AUGAAGCACAUUGUGGCCUUCUUUUAUGUUGGCUUGGCUAUCGUCUUGGCUGCUAAGAAGAAUGGAGAACCAAUCAAAGUCAUUCAUCCAUCAGACCAAGAACAACAACAAAACCCAGACGUGCCUCAACCAUUAAAUGGUGGAUCGAAGGGUGGAAAAGGGAAAAAGGACAACGAUGGGAUUCUCGACGAUGAUGAGUUUGAUGCCUACAGUAACUUCGUGAGCAAACACAAAAAGGGCAAAUCAUGCGGAGCUAACGGUACAGCAGAGUGCAAGAAAAGAAAAGGAAAUUUCGCGAAGAACUUCAAGAAGUUGAAGGAAUACCAAAAGAAAGCCACUUUCGAAGUUAACGUUAAUCCAACAAUGGACUGGUCGGAUGAGGAAUUGAAAGGGAGACUGAUGAGCAAAGAAGCAGCCGCCCAGUUUUGGUCAGGCAAGAAGAAUCAAGGAGGACGAGUGAUCGAGAAGAGCAGAAGAAAAAGAUCGAUCCCUGCAUCAUUCGAUUGGCGAACAACUGGUGCUGUGAAUGACAUAAAAAAUCAACAGAGCUGUGGAGAUUGCUGGGCAUUUGCAUCGGUGGCUUCGAUUGAGAUUAUCGACAAUCUUGUGAAUUGUCGCACCAGCAACACCACUCGUGUCACAUACUCUGAACAACAAAUCACCGAUUGUACAUAUGCUAGUCAACAAAGGGACGGCUGCCAGGGUGGAGGAGGACCCGACGCUCUCAAGUAUGUAAUCCAAAAUGGAAUCACCACUUCGGCCGCUGUUCCUUUCACGUCUGGUGCAAGCGGAAAAGGAGGUGCUUGCCCUAGCACUAUCAAUCCAAAGAAAAUGCCGAUUCGUGACUGGAUGGACCUGACGAAUGAUGUUCCCGGAAUGAUGAACUUCGUUGCCACCACGGCUCCGAUCAUUGUCGGCAUGAUGGUUUGCAACGAUUUUCAACUUGUGUACAAAAGUGGAGUCUAUGAUGGAUCGACGAAUGACAAUGUGAAUUGUGGAGCACAUGCACUCACUAUUAUUGGAUAUGGCACUGACACCAGUGGAAAAGACUUCUGGUUGUUCCGAAACUCGUGGGGAACUAGCUGGGGAAUGGGCGGAUAUGGACAAAUUUUGCGAGGAAAGAACACUCUGCAAGUUGAAACGAUGGGUGUAUCCGGGCCACUCCCGACGGUAGCCGCCAAGCAAUGCACCACAAAAACUGCUAACAAUCCAUAUUCGGCGUGCACUUGCUCAGCCGUUUCAACUGCGACUCCAACAGCUCCAUAUGCUACCCAGUCAAAGCCCGGAGAAAGCGGAUGCAUUCCAAGCACAUAUGCGCCCACUUGUUCAGGGUUUGCUAACAAUCAAUACUUGACCAUCACACUUUAUGAUGAUACAGGAAAGGUGAUUGAAACGUACAAUGGUUGUGCUCUGUGGGGAUUCAAAAAUGCCACCUGCGAGACAUCGGCUGCCGCCGGAACAACCGUCAAUUAUCCACUUUACAAAGGCUCUCGAGUUGCUUAUCACGUCUGUAAAAGUGUCGACAAUUAUGUGUGCUCUCCACCAGUACCAGCCAAUCCAGUAACAACAACGACCACAAAGCCUACCACUAGCGCUCCAAAAUGCACCUGCACAGCCGUUUCAACCUCAACUCCAACAUCUCCCUAUGCCACUCAACCAAAAGCUGGCGUAAGCGGCUGUACUCCAAGUGUGUAUUCGCCCACUUGCCCAGGAUUUGCAAGCAAUCAAUACUUGACCAUCACACUCUAUGAUGAUACAGGAAAAGUGAUCGAAACGUACAACGGAUGUGGUCUGUGGGGAUUGCGAAACGCCAGCUGUGCGACUUCGGCUGCCGCCGGAACGACAAUCAAUUAUCCACUCUAUCAAGGCUCUCGAUUUGCCUAUCAUGUCUGCCAAGCAGUCCCCAACACUGUUUGCUCUCUAUCC